AUGGCCAAUACCAACACAAAAGCCACCACCAAAACACCCCCAGACCUGCCCACCCUCCAGUCCUCUCUUACCCGCCUAUCCACAGCCGCCCACCUUCUCGACGGCUUCGUCCAUCGCAACAAGAACCAGCACCGCGGCACGCGAUGGUGGGCGCCCUUCGACAUGCUGCGCCGCAGCGUGCGCAAACUCGUGCCUGACCUGGAGGGCGCGGUGCAGCGCUCUGAGCUCCUGUCUUCUUCUUCAUCAGGAGGAGCGUCGGCUAAGCGGAGGAAGACGAACGACAAGGGAGCCGGCGCCGGCGCCAAGCAGCCGGAGCUGGAGAAGGUGGAGGCCAGGGCGCAGUGGGUACACGACGUUGUGGCCAUCAAGGCAUUCGAGGCCUUCACGCAGCUCCUGGCAGACAGGCAGUUCGCCCAGCUGGGCCUGAUGCUCAUAGGCGUGCUGGCACAAGUGGAGGCGUCCGUGGCCCCGUUCGUGAGGCCAGCCGAGCCGCCGGGGGGCGACGACGAGAACGAUGCGGCCGGACAGGACCCCGCCCGGGCGGUAGUAGCCCGGAUGGCUGCACGGCGCGCAGACGGCCCAGUUGCGUCGCAGGUCGGCGGCAGCGCAAGCAGCAGCCUGGGCGCGGGACACGAGGACGACCUGGGGGUUGCCAUCUCGAGGGACGAGCUCGGCGACGAUGACGAGGGCGAGGAAGAGGACGUCACCUCGGGGAGGCCCCGGCGUCCGUCGCCGCCUCCCAAGGAGAAAAGGCCCGAGAAGGGUGAGAGUAAAGGGAAGAAGAGGCCCAGAGCGGAUGACACUGGCUCGUCGAGGAUAGCCAAGCCUGAGAAGCCGGCACGGCCGGAGUUGUCGAGGGACGAGAAGAAGGCCAAGAAGAAAAAAAAGAAGAAAGGAGGCGACGAGUUUGAUGACUUGUUUAGCUCUCUCAUGUAG